AUGAUGACCUGCGGCCCCUACAACUCGACCAACUGCGAUAUUGCCAAGACUGAGCUCAAGACCAACUAUCGUGCACAGAAUGGCUUGACUGGCUGCACUGGCCCGCUGAUGUGCUUCAUCGGGCGCUUGGACUCCCAGAAGGGCUACGACCUCUUGUUGGAGUCUUUGGUGGAGGUCCUUGAGGACACGGAGAUGCAGGUGGUCAUUGUGGGAGCAGGUCGUGCUGAUCUGGUGGCGCAGACCAAGGCAGUGGAGAAGAAGUUCCCUGACAAGUUCUUUUACGCUGGCUGGAUGGGACCUGAGCGUUAUGCUCUCCUGGCAGGCUGCGACUACACUCUCUUGCCUUCCAGGUGGGAACCUUGCGGCCUGGUGCAGAUGGAAGCCAUGCGAUUGGGCACCUUGCCGAUUGUGGCACCCACCGGUGGUCUCAAAGACACUGUGGAGGAGAGAUGUGAUGGUGUGAAUGGCCUUUGGACCGAGAAGGAGAUGACCGUGGAAGCAGUGAUCGAAGAGGAGUCAGUGAGCGCCAUCUCCCAGGCGCUGCGGCGCGCGGCGAAGCUCUUCACGGAGGAACCGGCCAAGGUGGUGAAGAUGAAGCAGGCGGCCAUGGCUGCCGCUGCGGAGUUCACCUGGAGCAACGCGGCGCUGCAGUACGAGGCCAUCUUCCAGGAGUUGGGCGUGAAGGAUGUCCUCGGAGGCAAGACUGCCACCGUGACACUGGAGACUGACAAGCAAGAGCAGAAGAAGCAGGCUACAACCACCCCGCAGGCAGGCACAGCUGCAGCAUCGGCACCUGUCAGCAAGGCCUCUACAAUGGCAAGCGGAGCCGGUGCCAAGGGUAUGAACACCCUGAGUCCUGCAAGUGCUGGAGCCAGUCCAGGGGCGACUGCAGGCGCAAGCGCAGUUGCCAAGUCUGCCCCAGUGCCACCAACCUCCGCUGCAGCUGUCGUGGAGGAAGGUAGGAAGCCUGUGACUGCUGCAGAACGCAUCACAGCCACUGGUUCUGCGCUGGCCAAGGGUGUUGGAGCAAAAGCAGAGCCUCAGGCUAAGCCAAAGGCCAAGGCUAAGAUGGCCGCCAUGUCCAGCAGGCCUUUGCCAAAGGACACCAUGGGAGCAGCCCCCACCAGUGUACUGAACAUCGUGAGCGGCCAGCCUGUGCCAGCGUCGCAGGUUGGAACCUCUGCCUACGCCACCAGCACUGUGGGCCCUGCCCGAGCUUAUGCCAAGUCUGCUGCAGGAGCGGUCAACGGAGAAGUACCAAAGGCUGGUCCUCCAGCUGUUGCUAUGGGUCGUGCCAUGGCAGAAGGCCGCCCAGCAAUGCAAAUGGUGAACGGCAAGCCGGUGACCACCAUCUCCAAGAAGUACCAGCUGGUCUUUGUCACUGGCGAAGUUGCACCUUUCUCGAAGACUGGUGGUUUGGGAGAGGCCAUGGAUGGACUGCCCAUUGCCUUGGCUGCCUUGGGCCAUCGUUGCAUGGCCAUUUCCCCACGCUAUGACCAGUAUGCGGAGGCCUGGGACACUGGCUACUGGAGCAAGGUGACCAUGGGUGGAAAGGAGGAAUCUGUGCACUUUUUCCAUACCUACAAGCAGAAGGUGGACUACGUUUUCGUUGAUCACCCCACCUUCUUGGAGCGUGUGAACGGCCAGACGGGCUCCAAGCUCUAUGGUCCUGAGUGGGGAAAAGAUUUCGCGGACAACCAGGCCCGCUUCGCCUACUUUUGCAAAGCAGCCUUGAAAGCCAUCCAGGAGCUGCCUUUGGGUGGCUCAAGCUAUGGCAGCGACUGCAUGGUGGUCUGCAAUGACUGGCACAGUGCGCUGGUGCCCAUGCUCAUCCAUGCAGAGAAGACAACUGCAGGCAAGUGGCAAAACACCAAGACCGCGUUCCUUUGCCACAAUGCAGUCUUCCAGGGUCGCUUUAUGUGCGAGGAGGGGAUGGCUUGGCAAAGAUCUUUGGUGUGCCAGAGCGUUACAUUGACAGCAUCACCUUUAAGAUGCCGCUUCGAAUCGGCAAGUACAACGAGAAGGUCUCCUGUGUGA